AUGGAUCGUUUGGAGACUGGCAUACUUACUCUGGUAUGGCACCGUAUCUUGAAGCGUUUUAACAGUAACAGCCAAUUGCUUCAAUCCGCGGAUCAAGACAUUAACUCGGCUGCUGCUAUUUAUGAAUCCCUGGAAGAGUACGUGAAAAAUAUGAGACCAAAAUUUGAGCAGUUCGAGGCUGAAGGAAAAUUGCUCAGUGGAUGCGAACAUUACGAAGACGAAAUGAAACGAAAUCGCCAGCGGAAUCGUCGUUAUGAUGAACCAGGAUCAGCUCCGGAAGUAGAACUUACACCUGCCGAUAAGUUUCGAACGGCAACGUUUUUGGUUAUUAUCGAUAAUUUGGUUGCUGAGUUGAAGAAACGUAAGGAAGCAUACGCCACUGUUACAUCAAGGUUUGGAUUUUUGAGAACUAUGAAGGAGCUACCUGACGACAAACUGACACUGAGUGCAAAUCAGCUUUGUAAAAUUUACCCAGGUGACCUUGAGCCGAGUCUUUCAGACGAGCUAUUACAGUUCUCUGCCUUCCUGAAAACCGAGCUUGCCGAGAGAUACUUGGAUUCGUCAAGCUCUGUAGAAGCACCAGUCCUCUCUGAAAUCCCUUCCUCGCCCGCACCAUCUGAGGAUUCUUCAGCGCCAUCUUCACCAGUUGCUACAACUCCAAGUGAUGAUGAAGAUAUGUCAUUCAACAAUGACAAUGAGCUGCAUGAGCAUGAUCAAACCAUGGAAUUCGAAAACAAUGAUGCAAUGAAACUAGAAUCACCGGAGGUUCGGAUGUACAAGCUCAUAUUAGAAAACAAACUAGAAACAGUAUUUUCAAAUAUAGAAGUCGCACUUCGUAUUUAUCUUUCUCUUAUGAUAUCGAAUUGCUCUGGCGAAAGAUCUUUUUCAAUAUUGCGUUACAUAAAGAACUCGUACAGAUCCACCAUGGGUCAGAGACGGUUGAACGACCUGAUAUUACUAAGUGCUGAACAAGACAUUCUUCGUGAGCUUGACAUAAAUUCACUCAUCAAUGACUUGCGCUCAUGA